UUGAACGCUCGGCAAAAGAAAACAUUUGUGUUCUGUAUGCUCUGUUUUUAAGAGUAAAACGCAUAAAACAAGACAUUUCAACUGGAAUCGACGCCACUAAGAAAAAUUAUUCCACGGCGCGUAACGGCAAGAGUUAAUCGGGGCACGGCAUCAUGGACCAGGACUAUGAGUGCAGGCUGCUCAGGCAGAUCAAUAUACAAAAUGAAAACGCAAGCCCCAUAAAAGCUGUAGGAGCGGUGCGAGCUCUGACACCCACCAGCUCCCCCCUGUCCUCCCCUAGCAAGCAUGGCGAUCGCUUUAUUCCCUCCCGGGCCGGAGCCAACUGGAGUGUCAACUUCCACCGCAUCAAUGAAAUUGAAAAGUCACACAAUCAAAACAGGAAAACCAAAGAUGGCACAACUGACAGCAACAAAGCGGACGGCCUGGCUUACUCGGCUCUGCUGAAGAACGAGCUGCUAGGAGCGGGCAUCGAGAAAGUCCAGGACCCCCAGUCAGAAGACCGCCGUCUGCAGCCAUCCACUCCUGCCAAGAGGAGCCUUUUUAGUUAUUCUGUAAGUACUAAGAGGGCUCUGCCAGAAGAGGAUGGGAACACAGUUUCUCCAUAUUCUCUUUCACCUGUCAGCAGCAACAGCCAGAAACUGCUGCGAUCUCCAAGGAAACCUACGCGCAAAAUAUCCAAAAUUCCUUUCAAAGUUCUGGACGCUCCAGAGCUUCAGGAUGACUUCUACCUCAACCUAGUGGACUGGUCCUCUCUGAAUGUGCUCAGUGUAGGACUUGGCACCUGUGUGUACCUGUGGAGUGCCUGCACCAGCCAGGUGACACGUCUGUGUGACCUCUCUGUAGAAGGAGAUUCUGUAACGUCAGUGGGCUGGUCAGAGAGGGGUAACCUGGUAGCGGUGGGGACUCAUAAAGGCUAUGUGCAGAUCUGGGAUGCAGCAGCAGGGAAGAAGCUCUCAGUAUUAGAAGGACACACAGCCAGAGUGGGUGCGUUGGCAUGGAAUGCAGACCAGCUGUCGUCUGGGAGCCGCGAUCGGGUGAUCCUGCAGCGCGACAUCAGGGCCCCGCCUCUCCAGUCAGAGCGCCGUCUCCAAGGACACAGACAGGAAGUCUGCGGGCUUAAGUGGAGCACAGACCACCAGCUGCUAGCCUCAGGUGGAAACGAUAACAAGCUACUUGUGUGGAACCACUCGAGCGUCCUCCCGGUGCAGCAGUACACAGAGCACUUGGCUGCGGUGAAGGCCAUUGCCUGGUCCCCCCACCAGCACGGCCUGCUUGCCUCCGGAGGCGGCACUGCCGACCGCUGCAUCCGCUUCUGGAACACUCUGACAGGCCAACCCUUACAGUGCACAGACACCGGCUCUCAGGUCUGCAACCUGGCCUGGUCCAAGCACACCAAUGAACUGGUCAGCACACACGGUUAUUCCCAGAACCAGAUCCUGGUGUGGAAGUAUCCCUCUCUCACUCAAGUAGCUAAACUUACUGGACAUUCCUACAGAGUGCUCUACCUGGCCAUGUCCCCUGACGGAGAGGCCAUCGUGACAGGAGCCGGAGAUGAAACACUUCGGUUCUGGAACGUCUUUAGCAAGAUGAGAUCCACUAAGGAGUCCGUGUCAGUGCUGAACCUCUUCACCAGGAUCCGGUAGUAAGCACAGCUCUGUACUGCGAGGGAAACAUAGCCAGGAAGGGAAUUUGUCUUUGCAUGUGUCACGCUGUAAGUGGGCCCCUUCUCUGAGUAUUCACCUCGGUGGUCUGCAGAGGGCCCCCUCAUUUGCCCUUAGUUAUUUGGCCAAGUUGUAGCUGGAGGUGCGAGGGGGCUGGAGGAGUGUCGAGGGCAGAGGAGGUGCAUACAUACAUACGUGCGUACAGUAUUCCACUUCCUCCUGAAUGACGGAGCCACUGCCUCCUCCAACAGACCAGUGAUCUCUGAUGAAAAGGAGAAUUUUGUUUACAGACUGAUUUGUGCUUACCUGCCAAAUAUUGAGUUUGUCGUUUUGAUUGUCUAUUUAUUUUAUUUCAUUUUUUUUAAAACAUAUUUUUAACAUGUAUGCUUAGCCGUGUGUUUGGUUAGUAGAUUUCCUUUCAUGUGUGUAACUGCAAGUUUUGGUCUUAUCUGUGGAGUAUGUUUGGCUUUGUUCAGGUUUGCAGAGAAAAGAGGAGCGCGUCUUUUUUUGUAUUUUACUGAGCGAAAAUAAUGUUUCAUGUACACUGAUAACCGAUAACAUAAUAUGAUUCAGUGCCGUUUUAAGAGCUGUUAAUGGUUAACAGGACUGAACAAAUUAGCCUGAUUUCCUUUUUUUAGAUCUGCCAUCAAAUUCAUUUUAGUCUAAUGAUAUCAUAUAAUAUUAAACAGUAUUGGUUCAAUGUUGCAUAAUCUGUCAAGAAAAAUCGUUAAACGGCAUACAGCACAUCUUAUUAAAUAACUAAACACUAUAUGUUAGAACAGCCGCUUACAAAAGUAAUUCACAUGAAAAUUAGAGGAUUUAAUUUGACUUGUGUUGAAGCUUUUCAUCAUCUUGUUUCUCUACUUAAAUGGAAAAUCAGGCAAGGAAAGCUGUAAUGAAAACACUGGUUUAUCAGUGUAGUUUGUAACAGCAGCUAAAGCACAGAGGAAAAAACAUUUGGGAUUAAGUGUGAGUGAAAUGCUGUUCUGUGCACAGCUCCUGCUUUGCACCGUGUCUGCUAAGAUAUUCAAGCUUGGGGCACUUGUCUUUUGCUACUUCAGACAAUUUCUGUUCCGAGCAGUCGUGCUAUUGUUUUUUGUCUUUAAAAAAAAAAAAACAAAUCUGAUUUCAUAUCAUCCACAACAUUUUCUGCCAUUUUUCUUUCUUUUUCCCAUUUGAAUGUUUGAGUCAAGUAGCAUGCCACAUUGAAAUGAAUGCUAUUUAUUUGUGUUGUGUAUAAAGGUUCUUGUACAGAAAUGGCAUGUUUGUUUACUAAUGUUGUCUGAGGGAUGUUAACCGGGCAGUUUCACUGCUAACCUCAAUGAACAGUUCUUUUAAUGCCACUUAAAAAUCAAGACAACGCUGCCAACUUGAAUAACAGCAAGAAUGUUACAACGAAAAUUAUUUCUGUACUGAGAGAUAAUCAACAAUUAAACGAUCAUAUCUUGUA